AUGUCGCCUCUUCUUCACACCCGGCUGUCUUUACUACAAUCUCUCCAAUCGCAAUUGCAUCGCAUCCAGCUGCUCUCAGCCACGAUUCGAUUCCAGUCGCCGCGGGUUCCUACAUCUCACCAUGCCGGCCGACGGUGUGCUCUGCGCAUCAAUCGGUCUCAGCAUGCGCGAAACGAGGACUUAACACAAACCAACGAACUCGAACUCGAAGCCGAAGCUAAUACGAUAUCUGCUCCAGGUGACUCCGCCAAGGGUGCCAAGCUUUUCCAGACUCGCUGCGCUCAAUGCCACACCGUCGAGGCGGCCGGUGGCAACAAGGUCGGCCCCAAGCUGCACGGUCUUUUCGGCCGUAAGACCGGUGCCGUUGACGGUUACGCCUACACCGACGCCAACAAGCAGGCUGAGGUUACCUGGACCGAGGACACUCUCUUCAAGUACCUCGAGAACCCCAAGAAGUUCAUCCCCGGUACCAAGAUGGCCUUCGGUGGUCUCAAGAAGGGCAAGGAGCGCAACGACCUCAUCACCUACCUCAAGGAGUCCACCGCAUAA